AUGCAGUCACGUUUUCUCAAUAACUUAUCAUCAUUUAAGAUAUCUAAGAGUAUAGAAAAGAAGCGAGAAAAAAGUUUACGACAACAUUCCGUUAUUUUGCUUUUUUUCCAAGAAAUCGCGUUGAAAUUUUUAAGACACCAGUUAAAAAUGUUAAGAAAAUAUUUCAUUUUAUUUUCGCUGUUAAUGGUCAGCUAUGCAAAUCCUGUUGUCGAAACUAACAGCACUGACGAUAAUAAGCGAACAGCUGGUCUAACGACAUAUGAUCAGAGACAAACUGGGAAAUACAAUGUACAUGUUAACAUAAAAGAUGUGCAAUUCUUUAGCUUAAGUGAUUCUCUUGCUUCAAUUGGUGGAGAUUAUCCUGAGUAUGAUGAUUAUGCUGACAUUGAUCUCUUCGGAAGCACAGAUACAGACUACGAUUCAUCACAUCUAACUGUUAAUCCAGUUUUUGCCUUUCUUGGAUCAAAGCCGACAACCGCUAAACCUUUAACAACAAAAGCAUCGACAGAAAAGGCUCCAGAAACAUCAUCAGAAUCUUUAUUAGCAUCAACAACUGAAAAAGUGACAAUUACAGAAGAAGCAGUUAACAAACCAGAAUCUGAAAGUGAAGCUGAGAAGGAAAACCCGGCUUCUAAUGACGACACCAAGCCUGUAAAAGAAACAACAAUUGAAUACGAAGAAAUUCCCGUUGAAGUGCAAUAUUUCCGAACACAGCAAAAAUCUCCAUCAAAUCGUCGUCAAGUUGUUGCAUCAUCACAACGUUUCCAUAAACGACCAUCAGUACAAAUAAUUGACGAACAUGGACAGAUUAAAAGUGUUAAAGUUCAUGACAUUGAACAUCCAACAGUGAGAAUCUGUAAUCGUGGGGAAUACAGAGACGGUGCUCGCUGUCGCCAAAAGCCGCGAUCAAGACGUGGCGUCCCGGGAUUACGUCGUCUGUUCAAUUUAUUCUCAUCAUUCAAGGCUGGAAAAAACUGACCAUGAUUUCGUCCGACUAUGAUGGAAAAAUCAACCACAAUUGACAAGUACAUCAAAGAAGAAAUUACAUUUAUGAGACUAAUCAUGAAACUGUAAUAAAAAUCAAAUUAAGAUUUCGAA